AUGAAGCUCCAGGUGUUUUGGAUUGGGCUGGAAUACACCUGCCGGCUCCUAGGCAUUACCACUGCUGCAGUACUGAUCGGCGUGGGCACUGAGACCUUCCUCCAGGGACAGUUCCCAAGUCUGGCUUUCUAUCUGCUGUUUACAGGAGCCGCCAUCUCUGUGUGUGAAGGUGCCUACUUCAUGGCUCAGCUUCUCGCCACCUGCUUCCAGUGUCAGCCAGGCUCCCUGGCCUACAGGGUAAGGGAGAAGGCCUGCUGGUUGGGCUGCUUCCAGAAGUUCCUGGCCUACCUGCUGCUGUCUGUGGCCUGCUUCCUCCACCCAGUCCUAGUCUGGCAUGUAACCAUCCCAGGCUCCAUGCUCAUCAUCACUGGCCUGGCGUACUUCUUACUGAGCAAGCGGAAGAAGAGCAGAGCAGCCUCCCAAGGGCUCCCCUCCCCCGAGCACUACACUGACCCCUCCAGCAGUGCUGUGAGCACCACUGGUUCUGGGGACACUGAGCAAACCUAUACUUUCCAUGGGGCCUUUAAGGAGGGACGGGGCUCCCUCUUCAUCCACAUGAAGAGCAUCUUGAAGGGCACCAAGAAACCCAGUUCCUGUCAGCCCCCAAACACCCUAAUGGAGCUGACCCUGAAGCCCACGGACACACUGGCCAAGAAGAAGCAGGUGCACUUUGAGGAGAAUGUGGUGAAGAUCAUCCCAUCACUUGCUGAGGACCUGGAUGAUGGGGACAGUGAUCCAGAAGAGACCACCUCAGACACAACUCCCAUCAUACCCCCGCCCCAAGUCCCAGUCUUUAUGUCUUCACUAACAGCCACAGGUCUCUUCUGA